CUGUAAGCCCAAGAUAUAAAGAGGGGGAGAUCCGCAUAUAGGGAAACGCCGGUUACUGCUACAGCUAAUAAUCUGCACAUUGUUUCGGUGCAAACAUCCACAGUAGACUGAUUAAAAGUCUCCGCAAAAGAGGCACUUUGGGCUGUCGUAAUAAGAGGUCAAAGCUCAAGCAUGGCUCCCGCUGUGGUGGGGAUUUUCAUUAUCUCACUAUUAGCUGAAUCGUAUUCUGCUCCAUAUCGGUGUCUGGAUUGCCAAACAAUCAAUCGACACAGUGAUUAUCGAACAAGUAGCGGAUCUGGCAGAUGGGUCGAUCAAGACAAAUCGGAAGCUCUUACCGGGUCUCAAAAUUGGUCAAACUUUGAUGAUUUGAGACCUGGAAACUGGACGGAUGUUAAUAAUUACAGAACGCCUGAUGGCCAUGGCCAAGUUUUUGAAGAACAAGGCCAACGUGUCGAAGGAGGGAAGAGGCUCAAGUUUUAUAGGAGAAACUAUACUUCUACCUACAGUAGUGGUGGAAACAUCGGUGACCUCGGAAUACCUGAUUUGGGAGGUUUUGAUUCCUGGGACAGAAGCAGACAGUCAGAGAACCAGGGUGGUUUUUCUCAGGGGCAACGUUCAACUUAUGAUGAAUCUGUCACACGAGAGAAUUCCUAUGGCUCACAUGGCUCUCAGCAAUCUUUGGAGGGAUUUGACAGCCAACAAAGUGGCUCAUUCCGUGGUCAACAAAAUCGUGGAAGCAGCAGCCGUCGUGGAGAAAAUGCAUCAAGAUUCAACGGUCAAUCUGUGGAACGUUAUCGGGAUCUUCAAAGGACAAAUCAAUUUGCAAAUAGGGAAUCUGAAUUGUCUUCACUAGAUCAACGGAGACCAGGCAAUUGGACCGAGGUUGAUACUUACAGAACCGACGGUGGUCGCGGUCAAGUUCACGAAGAACAAGGACAGUUUGUUACAGGACCAAAGAGAGUCCGUUUCUACAGAAAGAAUUACACCUCAAGCUACACUUCCGAUGGUAGCACAUUGCCCACUAAUCUAGAAUUUACUGGCCAGGAUGAUUUUGAAAGACAAUUUCAACUGGCACAAAGACAAUUCGACAGCACAGUAAGCGGUAAUCAUAGAUCUUCUCAAGGAUCAGUAACGGACAACUACGCACAACGAACUUCCGGCCAUCAUGUUAAUGGUUUAAAUACUCAGCAAACUGAACAGUAUGCAAGGGGAUUUGAAAAUCAACAUAUCUCUGAUGGAUUGGUUAGAGGGAAUGAAUACGGUCACAAUAACGGAUAUGAUAAUCGAAGAACACAUGGCAUGAUAACACAAGAAUCGGUAAACACUAGACCCAUUUAUACCGGAUCAGAGACACGACAAUCUUAUUACAACCGUCUUACGCAGUCGGAACAAGCAGAAUAUAGACGUGUAUAUGGAACUGAGGGUUUGGACCAAGACCAAAUAGCACAGGGUAAUGUAAAUAAUGCCCAACAGUCUUAUCACACUGGAUCAUAUGACGCUGGGGUGCGACCAGGCCAAUUACAUCAUUAUGACCAAUUGCAAUAUACAUCGGGGUCGACUCAUCACCCCCAGGUUGAUAGUUCUCAAUAUCUCAGUAGUAGUCAAGGAAUUCAAAGAACGCAGAACACAAACUUUGAUCAAACGAGGAAUAGAAAUUAUGGUGGGUCUCAGAGAGUUCAAUCGGGACAACUGAUAACGCAUGGAAUUGAUUUGGGUCAAAUUGCUCAAGGUUUUGAUUGUACGGACAGUGGAAAUGGUUUUUCAACGUACGAAGAAUCACAUUAUCAUAAAGUCAAUAGACGCGAUGAAGAGUCUGAAAGCUUGUCUCAACAAACGGAAGAUCUUACGCAACAAACCGAGGAUCUUACACAGCAAACACAAGACUUUGGGCAGGAAGCUUUGUGGAAACCUAGUAGAUUAGAAAUUCAGAGCCAGCAUACUGAGGAUCUAACUCAACAAACAGAAGAUCUCACCCAACACACGCAGGAUCUUACACAACAAUCUCAAGACUUUGGGCGAGAAGCUUCAUGGAAACCUGGUCGAUUAGAAAUUCAAAGCCAGCAAACUGAGGAUCUGACUCAACAUUCACAGGAUCUGACACAACAAACAGAGGACCUUACCCAACAAACACAAGAUUUUGGGCAAGAAGCUUCAUGGAAACCUGGUCGAUUAGAAAUUCAAAGCCAGCAAACUGAGGAUCUGACUCAACAUACGCAGGAUCUGACACAACAAAGAGAAGACCUCACACAACAAAGCCAAGACCUUACCCAACAAACAGAAGACUUUGGGCAAGAAGCUUCAUGGAAAUCUGGUCGUUUAGAAAUUCAAAGCCAGCAAAUUGAGGCAUUAACGCAACAAAUGGAAGAUCUAUCCCAACAAACAGAACAUCUAUCUCAACACACCCGAGAUCUCACUCAUCAAAUACAAGACUUUGGGCAGGAAGCUUUGUGGAAACCUGGUAAAUUAGAAAUCGAAAGUCAGCAGAGUGAGGAUUUAACUCAACAAACAGAAGAUCUGACUCAACAAUCACAAGAUCUAAGUCAACAUACACAGGAUCUUACCCAACAAACACAAGACUUUGGGCAAGAAGCUUCGUGGAAACCUGGUAAACUCGAAAUCGAAAGUCAACAGACCGAGGAUUUAACUCAACAAACAGAAGAUCUGACGCAACAAACAGAAGAUCUGACUCAACAUACGCAGGAUCUCACGCAACAAUCACAAGAUCUAAGUCAACAUACACAGGAUCUUACCCAACAAACACAAGAUUUUGGACAAGAAGCUUCGUGGAAACCUGGUAAACUCGAAAUCGAAAGUCAACAGACCGAGGAUUUAACUCAACAAACGGAGGAUCUAACUCAACAAAUAGAAGAUCUUACACAACAAACGCAGGAUCUCACGCAACAAACCCAAGACUUUGGGCAAGAAGAUGCGUGGAAACCUGGUACAUUAGAAAUCGAAAGUCAGCAGAGUGGGGAUUUAACUCGACAAACAGAAGAUCUGACUCAACAAACAGAAGAUCUUACUCAACAAACACAAGAUUUUGGACAAGAAGCUUCGUGGAAACCUGGUAAAUUAGAAAUCGAAAGUCAGCAGAGUGAGGAUUUAACUCAACAAACAGAAGAUCUCACCCAACAAACGCAGGAUCUUACACAACAAACGCAGGAUCUCAUGCAACGAACCCAAGACUUUGGACAAGAAGAUUCGUGGAAACCUGGUACAUUAGAAAUCGAAAGUCAGCAGAGUGAGGAUUUAACUCAACAAGCAGAAGAUCUGACUCAACAAACAGAAGAUCUUACUCAACAAACUCAAGAUUUUGGACAAGAAGCUUCGUGGAAACCUGGUAAAUUAGAAAUCGAAAGUCAGCAGAGUGAGGAUUUAACUCAACAAACAGAAGAUCUGACUCAACAAGUAGAAGAUCUCACCCAACAAACGCAGGAUCUUACACAACAAACGCAGGAUCUCACCCAACAAACACAAGACUUUGGGCAAGAAGAUUCGUGGAAACCUGAUAAAUUAGAAAUCGAAAGUCAGCAGAGUGAGGAUUUAACUCAACAAACAGAAGAUCUGACUCAACAUACGCAGGAUCUCACGCAACAAACGGAGGACCUUACCCAACAAACACAAGACUUUGGGCAUGAAGAUUCGUGGAAACCUGGUGAAUUAGAAAUCGAAAGUCAGCAGAGUGAGGAUUUAACUCAACGAACAGAGGACCUCACUCAACAAACAGAAGAUCUCACUCAACAAACAGAAGAUUUAACGCAACAAAUAGUAUAUCUAACUCAACAAACAGAGGAUCUCACGCAGCAAACUCAAGACUUUGGACAAGAAGCUUUGUGGAAACCUGGUAAAUUAGAAAUCGAAAGUCAGCAGAGUGAGGAUUUAACUCAACAAACGGAAGAUCUGACUCAACACACACAGGAUUUUACACAACAAACGGAGGAUCUAACUCAACAGAAAGAAGAUCUUACACAACAAACGCAGGAUCUCACGCAACAAACCCAAGACUUUGGGCAAGAAGAUGCGUGGAAACCUGGUACAUUAGAAAUCGAAAGUCAGCAGAGUGAGGAUUUAACUCAACAAACAGAAGAUCUGACCCAACAAACAGAAGAUCUAACUCAACAAACUGAAGAUCUGACCCAGAAAACAGACAGCUUUGACCAACAUAAUCAAAAUAUUAAUCAAGGAAUCGAGUUUGGGAACCAUCAAACACAUGUUCACCCUACUCAAAUUAUCAGUGAAGCCUCAAAGCCUGCACCAAAACCAAAACGUGUCCGACCUGGCCUUCCACAUCCCACUGAACAGCUUGAUGUAGUGCUCGAAGGGCCGAGUGGACCUGAUGAUACAGUGCAAAAUCUAAGGGAAACUGUGGUGCCUCCGAGAAUAACCAGAGGUGAUCAACCUGUUGAUGACAAUCUUACGGAACUGGCAGAAGAUCAAACAGAAAUCAGACUUCGACCAUCGCCAACUGUUCAAGAAAUUCAACCUUGGAAUAGCUAUCAAACUACAAGUCAAACUAACCAUAAAAGACUUCCUGCAACUAAAGGAGGUAGACGAAAGGCUCGUCCUUCCCACUGGUAUCCUAGUUUAGGUAACCAACCUAUUCAAGAACCCAAGAUAGUUGCUCAACGAAUAGUAGCACAGGAGUCGUCAAGUCAAAAUGACAAAGAUGUGCCUGUUGAGAUUGGAACUAGGCUUCUAGAGGCAUACGGAGCUAAUGGACCUUAUGACAGAGACCAUCAUCCGGAUAUAUUUAAUGCUGCAAAACCAAAUCCUAGUGCAACUUUCAAACCUGUCGGCGAUAGGGACCCUUGGGAUAUUCGUGAAAGGCCUGACAUUGUUCCAGAAGUGAUAACAGUGAGAACUACUACCACAACAACAACAACAACAACAACAACAACAACAACAACACCCCCACCUCCACCUCCUGAACCAGAGACAACUGAAGCUCCUAGUUUCUGGCGUAGAAUCGGAAAUAAGUUCACCGAUACCAUAGAUAAAGCCAAGGAGAAGGCAAAAGAAUUGUUUGGCUAAUUAACUUAUUUCAAGCUAUCCAUUCUUUCAUUGAGUCAAAUAUUCAUCGUAGUCAUACCCAUUCACAGAUAACAUCUGGGUGCAAGAAUUUAUGUGCAAUCCUCUAAUGGCAGUACCAAAUAAUCCAAGGCAAUAUUGUACAAUAACAUAUAAAAAAGGCUUUGCCAAGCUGCUAAAUGAUAAAGGCGAGAAGGUCUUGACCUCAAACUUUUGUAAAAAUAGAUGGUUUAUAAAACACCCUCAAUUCAAGAUUGUAGUAAUCCGGAGAAUCUGGUCCAUAUGUGUUUCAUAAGUCAGAUGAUUUCUAAUCAUAAGUAUAAGAAAAAAUUUUGAUAUUGAAUGUUCAAACAUAAUAGUAUUACCCCGUUCAUAUUCAUGUCAUCAUCAGGUAAAAAAUUUGAGCAACUAUAAUUUACACCUACGUAAAUAAAUAAAAUAUUUUUAUAAAACUGA